CUCACACUGUCGUUCACGACAUACCGACUCUCUGGCUAGCGACCAGCCGGGAUUGAAAAGGUUGUCCGUAGUAGGCUAUAAUAACUUAAUUGAAAGCCAAUAGAACAUGGCAUCGAAUAGUUACAGUGAAGUUCCCAAAUGGGAGAGAAAAACACGUUUGUGUCUUUGUAUCUUCGGUUUGUUUUUGUCAUUCUAUGCUCUGCACGUUGAAAUUUCGCGAGAGAGGGACCCUGAGUAUCGGGCGAUGUGCGACCUGGGAGAUUCUGUGAGCUGCUCUAAAGUUUUCACCUCAAGAUGGGGACGUGGUUUUGGGCUUGUACAGUUCUUCUUUGCUAAAGACAGUGUACUGAAUCAACCCAACAGUCUGUUGGGGAUCAUUUUCUACACAUUGCAACUGGCUCUGGGUCAGUCUGUGUCCAGUAGGGCAGCGUUCCUCCUGGUCUUGGCCUCCUGGGUGUCCAUGGCUGGAUCGCUGUACCUAGCCGGAGUACUUGCCUUCAUUCUGGGAGAUUUCUGCGUGGUCUGCGUCUCAACCUAUGUGGUUAACUUUUUGCUGCUCUUCACCAAUCUGAAGAGGAGGACGGGACUGGAAGCAGUCAAGAAAAAGACUGGCUGAGAGACUCUUUGUGUGCAUCUCAAUAGUCUAAGUAGUUUUUUCCCCCUUGCCUUCCAUCCUACUGCACUGAUAAUAUACAGCGCAUUCGGAAAGUAUUCAGACCCCUUGACUUUUUCCACAUUUUGUUACGUUACAGACUUAUUCUAAAAUUGAUUCAAUCGUUUUCCCCCCUCAAUCUAUACACAAUAACCCAUAAUGACAAAGCAAAAAUACGAUUUAAGACAUUUUUGCACUUUUAUGAAAAACGGAAAUAUGACCUUUACGUAAGUAUUCAGACCUUUUACUCAGUACUUUGUUGAAGCACCUUUGACAGCGAUUACAGCCUCGAGUCUUCUUGGGUAUCACGCUACAAGCUUGGCA